CUCCCGGAUGCCCCCAGUAGGAGGCUCUGCAGAGUCGCAGCUCUGGAGGGUUCAAUGAUGAGGAUGGCUCCAGAGCCGCAGCCGUGGGGCAGCUGCUGGGCGAUAAGGGCUGUUGGGGUCCUGUGGGGACCCUCCUCAGGGGGCAGAGCUGGGAGGAUGUUGGGCGCGCUGCUGAUGCUGCUCGUGGGCUACACUGUUCAAGAUCCGCCCACCCCGGAGGAUGCAUCAGGCUGUGGUCGUUCUUAUCUCCUUGACAGAGUUAUAGCCGGAGACGAUGCAAUGGCUAGGAAAUGGCCAUGGCAAGUGAGCAUUCAACAAGGCAAAGAACACCGGUGUGGUGGGUCCCUAAUUGCCCCCAAGUGGGUGCUGACGGCUGCUAAUUGUGUGAAAAAAAAUGAUACUUUAAAUGUCCUAUUGGGGACCACAAUACUCACUGAAGAAACUAAUUAUUCGGCGAGGGUCUUGGUCCAGGAAGUGGUGAUCCAUCCCAACUACCAGCAGAACAGAUACUGGUCAUGGAUCGGCAGGGAGAACAACCUAGCCCUUCUCAAGCUCUCCGACAAGGUGAAUUACACCAAGCAAAUGUCUCCUGUCUGCAUCGCCUCCUCCGCCAUAGAUUUGAGAGUGGGUUCCUUCUGCUGGAUAACGGGCUGGGGCCAGACCAAAGUGGGCGACCCGGAUGAAAGCGUGCCGCUGUCGCCGAUCCUCCAGGAAGCCGAGAUCUCCAUCAUGCACAACGAUGACUGCGACACUCUGUAUCACGACGUGUCCGAGGUGCCCAGCAUCGUCCGCAUCAUCUCCUCCAGCAUGCUGUGCAGCGAUUACUCCCGAGGAAGGGACUUCUGCUAUGGGGAUGAUGGGAGCCCACUCGUCUGUGAAAUUGACCACACGUGGUUCCAAGUAGGGGUAGUAAGCUGGACCUUGGGCUGCGCUCAUCUGGAAACCCCAGGAGUCUAUUCUCGGAUCAGCGAGUACUCAAAAUGGAUAGAGCGGGAGAUAGCAGAGCUGAACUCUGCAACCGCCAUCCUCCGGGUCUCCUCCGGGAUCGUGCCCAGCCUCCUGCUGGGGCCCCUUUGUGUCGUGAUGGCCCUGUGAACUCCUCUCCUCAGUUGCUCUGAAUUCUUCCUCCCCUCCCCACCCCCUCCACUCCCCUCUGUCUCUGGAAGCUUUCCUACGCUUCCUCCUCGCAUCUCCUGGAUUCCUGCUGCUUUCCUGAGGAUUUCAAUCCCCUCCUUAACCUCUCAGGGAGCUGAGGCUCCGGAGGCUGAGUGGCUGAGGUUGGAGGAUUGAUUUCCAAGGCUGAGUGGGCAGAUCAGGGAACUCUCUGAAGAUAUCUUUGACAAAUUGGGUAGGAGUUGGGGCCAGAGGGAGAAGACAGGCUCCGUGGGCCAGGAUAGGGCUAUCGAAGGUUAGGAUAUCUGGGUCUUAGAGGCCUCAUGGGGAAAGAGGGAAGAACCCUGAGGCCUUUAGAGAACUCUACAGAAGAGGAUAAUCAAAAAGAGUGGUUCUAAAAAUUGAUAGAAAGAUGGUAGCCAUUCAGCUCAAGCAGAGGGAGCCAAAGUAUCUGGGGGAGAGGGUCUGGUGCUCAUUCAUGCUAAACAGAGAGAAAUUAACACAGUUCUGUAUCUUACAUAUAGCAGGAACUCAAUAAAUUCAUGUUGAUUGAUGGAUCAGUUGAUUCUCUGUUC